GAAAGCUCUAGAAACGUCUAGUGCGCGCUAACUGCGUCAGUCACGUCAUUCUCAUCGAGUGAUACGCAGGAAGAUCCGGAGUCCAGUCCACAGUCUGGAGCCGCUGCAUUGAUUGUAUUGGGCAUUUCUCAGUCUGCUGUCAUAAGCAAACCUGUAAGACGGGUGCUAUCUGUGAAGAGGAAGACCGGUUAAACAGACAUGCAUCCAGCAACUGCCAAGUGGUACGAUAGGAGAGACUCCGUUUUCAUUGAGUUCUGUGUAGCAGACAGCAAGGAUGUUAAGGUCAAUUUUGAUAAAACAAAGUUUGGUUUCAGUUGUCUUGGAGGAACCGACAAUGUCAAACACGAGAAUGAAAUAGACCUUUUUGAAGCCAUUGAUCAAAAUGAAUCCAAACAUAAACGCACAGAUCGCUCAGUGUUGUGCUGUUUACGAAAAGCAGAGCCAGGGAAGGCAUGGCCUAGGCUAACAAAAGAGAAGGCUAAGUUGACUUGGCUCAGUGUUGACUUCAACAAUUGGAAAGACUGGGAAGAUGACUCGGACGAUGAGUUUGGCCAGUACGACCAAUUCUCAGACAUGAUGAACAACAUGGGAGGUGACGAUGACCUACCUGGCCUAGAUGGUGCUGAUGAUGAUGAGUCUGAUAGUGAUGAUGAGAAAAUGCCGACUUUGGAAUAGAAGACUGUAAAACCCUAGAAAGAGAAAUGCAAGAACAGAAGGCAGGAGGAAUCAGUGGUGGGGAAAAAAAACUGUAUAUCUUGAAAUUGAAGGCAGUGACAAAAAAACUGUACAUAUAAGUCAGUAGCCAUAUUUAAAUCCAUAGCCUCAGCUCCAAAACUCGUUACCAAUCAGUCCACUGAAGGUUGAUAUGCAUAGUAUUGUACAGAGCAGCUAUCUCCACUUCCAUUUGCAGUACUGCACCUUUUGGGUAUCCUGUUUUACUGUUAAUUAUUACAACUAAGCACACAUUAUUUGUUUGAAAAGCUGUAUAGUUGUCCUCAACUGAGCAAUACAUGUUAAAGAGAUUUACAAAUUAUUUGCAAAUGAAUUGUGGUUUAAAAGAAUUGUCUUACGCCCACCCAUUCCCAAUGUUGUGUUGUUUUUUGUUUUUUUUUAAGUUAGUUGAUUGAUGUAGUUUAUCUUUAAAGACUAUGAUUUAAGAAGACACUAGCUUUGUACCUCAGAGGAUUAGAUGCAUUUACUGAUUGGGUUCCUCUAAUGCCUUCCAUGUGGCGUGUAUUAGAUAUCCAGGAAACCAUUACGUGUUUCUGUAGCUUAGCCUUCCAGCUUAUGUAUUUCCCUUAACGUCUUCACCUGUCCGUCUACGUUGGUAAAACUGCAAUAUUCUGGAAUUCACGCAGAAAGUACAUACCGCUUCUUCUCGGUUCUCUUUUUAACGCUCCUUAUCAUGAGUUGAUCAAGUUCCCUAUGGUUCAGUAUCUUUACAGUGGUUUUCUCCAAAUCCAUUUAACACUCUCACUCAUCCAACUGCAGAACGAAAGUAACAUUUUUCAGACAAUUAAGAGGCUUGAAGCUUAGUUGGGCCUCAACAGCAUCCGGUUGGUUUGUUGCUACCCUCAAGGUUCACUCAGUUUGUUCAUGUAGAAUAGAUCCUCUCUUGUUGGAAAGAGAGUGUCGGGGUGAUAUGGCAGCGUGUAAUGACCAAAUUAUAUUUGCACUGUCAAUAAAAUGUAAGGGGAGACAAGUAUGAGUAUAGUUGUUGUGUAUUUCAACCUGACUGCGUAUCACAGACUGAAGAACUUCAAAUGUUGAAUUACAGUGAAAAUUCUUUUUUUAUUGUCUACAUCUUUCUAAUAAACUGUUUAAGACUCAUUA